CCACAUUCCCGCUUCACAAUAUCGGAGGACUGCUUCCCCCGAAUCAACUUCCGAUAACGUGUUGCGUUUUAAGAUUCACCGGCUGGGUUCGUUGUCAUUGCGACCGAGAGGUGAUUGUCAGCUCGUUUCUCAGAUUGCAUACGGGUGGGAUGGGGAGUUUGAUCUUGCCCCUAUCAAGUGUCAUGUUCUAUCGCAUUGAUUACUGUAAUUUGACUGCAAAAUACUUGUCUGCAGCUUUUUGAUCUGAACCGAUUCAAAGCUUGAUUUUCAAUGGCCUCUGAACAGCUAGGAGGUACCGAAGAAGAUGGUAGCCCACCACUAGAGGGCAGCAACGACGUUGGCACCGCAAAGAAUGUGAAACCGACAGGUCCCGGCGAACUUGGUCAGUUCGCGAGGAACAGAUCCUCUUGGCUACGAUGAAGGAAUUGGCAGCGAAUGGUUGGAGGGGUGAUAAUGUUUACCGGGCAGGUUAUCUAACACGUAUCAGGGAGGCGAUCAUGCUUAAAUUUCCCAAGACCGAUAUCCUCCCUCACCCCCACAUCUACUCGAAGAUAACAGCUUGGAAGAAGAAUUACGGGUCGCUCAUGAUGAUGCUUAACCAUAGUGGAAUCGGGUUCAACUCGGACUGUAAAUACAAAAUUGAGUGUGAUGAUGAACAAUGGGCUCAAUUUGUUAAGAAAGAUAGCAAUGCUAAGUACAUGAGGAACAAAUCAUGGUCUCUAAUAGAUGAUUGGAAGGAGAUAUUCGGCAAGGACCGUGCUGAUGGUGCCAAGAAGGUUGACGUCGGUGAUGCAGUUGGAAGAAUCUACGGUACUAAAGAGUACCCGGCUGACGAUGCUGGAACAUCCCACCACAUGACGCUGCAGGACCUAUUUCAGGACGAAUCAUUCUCGGAUGGAGUUCUCCCUGAGAUGGUAGAUGAAAGCCAGUCCUAUACUGAGGGGGGGUGCUCUGGCUGGUGCCGGGGAUGUGUUUGGAGCAGGUGGUGGGUCUGGUUCAGGGGCAGGGACAGUUAGUGGGUCUGGGUCAGGGGCAGGUUCUGGGGCUGGGGCGGGGCGAAUGUGGCUAAGAAAGUUCUGAAGAAAAGGAAAUUAGAUGACAAGAUGGAUGGAGUGCUUCAUCUUAUGAGCCAGAUCCAUACCUACACAAACGAACGACUUAAAGAGAUUUCGGCUAGGAUUGGCUACGAAUUCAAUCUUAGUACGAAAAGGUCUGAAGUGUUUGACCAACUGAAAGGUAUUCCCGGCUUAACUCUUAAACAACAAUUCUAUGUUUCUAAGAAGCUAGUUAAGGAGCCGGAGCUCAUGGACAUGUUUCGAGGGCUGGCUGAAGUUGCUCGUGCAACAUUUGUUUUCGACAUUUUGGAAGAAGAUGAGAUACUUUAAGCGCUGGAAACAUCAGACACUUGUUCCCAGGUUUGUGGUUUUUGUGGAACUCAAUGAACCUUCUGUUUUGGGAUGUUUACCCUCAGACUAUAUUAAGAUUGAGGGAAGUAAUCUGUAGGACUAUAACUACUUGAGUUGGCGAUGCAUUUACAUCCGAUGAUUGUAUAUGAUCGGCCACGACUCUAAUAUUUUGUAGUAUAUUGUUGAACUUGUUCAAACUGUGUGUACGUUAUGUUUAAUGGGAUUCGGAUUGCUAUGCUCCCAAGCAUUUGAACUGUGUUUAAAAAUAUGCCUUUUGUAGCAAAUCAUGACCAGUCUUGGUUCA